CAAAUUACAAGCCAUACAAAUUAAACUUAUCGAUAUAUGGCCAACUUCCCAUGCCGUCCUUUUAAUCCAUUCUGUAUUCCACCUCCUCCUGGCAGUCGUAGCCCCCCUCCACCUCCAUCCCUGCCACCUCGCAGGAGCCCCCCGCCUCCCUCUCCAAUUAUGAUCCCACCACCUCCACCACCACGUCGGAGUCCCCCUCCUCCCUCGCCAAUUGUGACCCCGCCACCUCCGCCACCACGCCGAAGUCCCCCGCCUCCCCCUCCAAUUGCGAUCCCGCCUCCGCCGCCGCCUCGACGAAGGCCCCCACCGCCAUCACCUGCAGCUGUACCCCCACCACCCCCGCCCUCAAGGCAGCCACCACCGCCACCUCCUAAACUGCCACCGACUCCUAUCCGCCCGCCGCCAGCCCCAGUCGCACCACUGGCUCCGCCUCCGCCGAACCCAAGCAACAAUGUCGUCAUCGUGGUGGUCGUCUCCUUCGGCGGCCUCUUCUUCCUUGCAUUCCUUGCGGCCGCCAUACUCUGUUUCUUGAAGAAGAAGAAGAAGAGGAAGCAGAAGAUGGCGGCGAAAGAAGAGUUGGUGGAGGUGGAGGAUCAUGUGCACGUGCAUGAGACGGUGGUUCCGGGGCCGCAUGGGCAGCAACUUGCCGCUCUCGUCGUCGAUGAGGACGUCGUAGUCCGCGAGAGGUCGAAGAGGGGGGAGGCGACCGCGGUUGCUAAAGCUUCGCGCGGUGGGCCCGUGGACCUAUCUGCGGGCUCCUCUGCCGGAACCAGUCGCCCCGGCCCGGCCGGUUAACAGAAAAGGUUGAUAGCGGUCCACCUGAAAGUUGUGGGGGAUGGGUUGAUUCUUUAAUAACUAUAUAAUUGUGUGUUUAAUAACUUGUAUAAUUGUGUGUUUGGAAUUUCAUAAGAAUAAUUGUGUUUAGGGAGAUGGGUUAUAUUUCA